CUCACAAAUAAGAAGCUCCGUCAAUACGGCAGCAGUAGUGCUACUGUCGCAAGCACGGUACACGAGCAUCGCUCCCGCUUUCAGUUUGCCUCAAGCUUACCCCACCACAAACACCAUGGCCCUUAGCGUGACUGUGCUUCACGUUGUCAACAACGUCGCGGCCCGCGCCGGGCGCUGCCAAACGCUGCCAAACGCGUGCGUGCCACCCCAACGGCCUCAGCCUGGCCACAGCUCGCCCCAGCCAGCCCUGGCCAGCCCCAGCCAUCUGGCCCGCCGGAUGCUGGACCCGGCACGCCUGUUCCUGGGCUCCAGCUUUUCGCCGCUGAUGGACUUUGGCUUCGGCGACCUCGACCGCUACGAGCUGCAGGCUUACUGCCCGGGCAUGGCCAAGCAGGACGUUGUGGUGGAGCUCACCCCAGACAAUGUGAUCUGCAUCAACGGCAGCCACAAGGCCAAGCUCGUGACGCCGGCGCCGCAGCUGCCCAAGCCGGAGGCCGCCGCGGCUGCUGGCGAGGCGGCUGCCAACUCGGACGCCGAGGACCCCGCGCGCCCCGCGGCGCCGGCUGCGGAGGCCGCCGCGGCCGAGCCGGAGAUGCUGGGAACGUACCGCUUCAGCCGCUCCUUCGGCCUGCCUGAGGACGCGGACGUGUAGGGCGUGAAGGCGGUGCUAGACAAGGGCGUGCUGACGGUGACCGUGCCGCGCUGCCGCGUGGUGGAGCCGCCCAAGCCGCGCCGCGUCGCCGUUGGGAGCGCCACGCUCGUGCAGCAGUAGAGCGAAUGGCGCUAGCGGAAUGUGACUUGCAGGACUUGACAGUGGCCUCUGGCAGGGUGGAGCAGCGUAGCACUACUGGAAUUGGUGGUGAUUUGAGCAAGGUCUUGCCCUGUUUGCCGAAUUCGUGAGGUGAGAUGUACAGAAACAUUCAUGUGAUCAAGUGAUACGCGUGUGAAAUGGACUUUGACAGGACGGGAUUUGUACAUAUGUGUAUCUCAGUAAUUGGUGGGCAGGGUUGAAGGCGACACUGUUGUGGAUAGGGUGGGGGUGUGCGGCAUUGUGGCGUCCCCACACACGACACUGUAUCCCUGAUUGUUUGCGGUGAAUAUGUAAACGCACGGGCUUGGCUGUCAUAAACGGCACGCCCGGCGUACGCAUGUAGACAUAUUUUGCCAACAUGCACGGUACGGUAUGAGUGAGAGGGAUGAGAGACCCUGAGGUACGGCAUGAAUGAGAGGGAUCAGAGAUGCUGAGGUAGGCUGCAAACUGCUAGCAGGAGUUACAGGGCGUUAAUUAAUAGCUGUGCCUCAGGUGCAUACGGGCCAACUGCAUACCUGACCCGUGUCACAGUAAAGCACCCAACGUC